AACAACGACCGAUCGACAUCCACGCUUCUUGAGCCGAGGCUAAGCGGGCGUGUGGGGAUCUCCGCGUGGGGAAGGCACAGCGUCUACUUCGAACGGUUCCCUCCUCCCAUAUAGCAUCCCGAGCGGACGAGGGACAGUAGGCAAUAUGGCGGCUCUGCGAGUCCGAGCAGCACUACUUCGCUCCGCCGUCACUCGUCCAGCUCGCGCAUCUCGAUCUGUCUUCUUCGCCGUCCAAAGCCGGCAUGCAUCGACGCAGAAGCACCCGAAGGGCUUCCGCCCACCCUCGCCGGACGAGCUGGAAGAAUUGCGCGAACGCACAAUCGAAUUUGCGCGCCGAGAGAUCACCUACGAAGUCGCGCAGUCGACUGACCACCAGAACGAGUUCCCUCACGAGAUGUGGAAGAAGCUAGGCUCAGCCGGCUUGCUAGGUGUGACGGCUGAUGAAGACUAUGGCGGUCUAUCAAUGGGCUACCAAGCGCAUUGCGUCAUAUUGGAGGAGCUGAGUCGGGCCAGCGGCAGCAUAGGCUUGAGCUACGCCGCACAUUCUCAGUUAUGCGUGAAUCAGAUCAUGCUUAAUGGGAACGACGACCAGAAAGCCAAGUAUCUGCCAGGCCUAGUAUCAGGUGAUACAAUAGGUGCGCUAGCUAUGUCGGAGCAUGAGGCCGGUUCGGAUGUGCUUAGCAUGCGAAUGACGGCCACGAAGAAGGACGGCGGAUACGUCUUGAAUGGCACCAAGAUGUGGAUCACGAACGGGCCCGAUGCGCAUGUUAUCGUUGUAUAUGCGAAGACGGAUCCCGAAAAGGGACGAAAAGGCAUGACAGCGUUCCUUGUAGAGACAUCUACCCCUGGCUUUAGCGUAGCCCGUAAGCUAGACAAGCUCGGCAUGAGAGGCUCAAACACGGGCGAGCUCUCCUUCGACAAUGUCUUCGUACCGGCCGAGAAUAUCUUGGGGCAUGUAGAUGGUGGUGUACGAGUGCUCAUGGAAGGUCUGGAUCUGGAGAGACUGGUCUUGUCAGCCGGACCACUUGGCUUGAUGAAAGCUGCUUUAGACGUCACAAUACCGUACGUGCACGAGCGAAAGCAGUUUGGUGCUCCUUUAGCGACGACGCAGUUCAUUCAAGGUAAGCUUGCGGAUAUGUACACGAAGUACCGCGCCUGCUCCGCCUUCACGUACUCCGUUGCCCGAGCGAUCGAUGAGAGCUACCAAGACCCGCAGAUCAAGACCCAAGAUUGUGCGGGAGCGAUCUUGUAUGCUGCUGAGCGGGCAACCGAAUGCGGCAUGGACGCUAUCCAGUGUCUGGGCGGUAUGGGGUACAUGAACGAGAUGGCCGCCGGCAGGAUUAUGCGUGAUGCGAAGCUGUAUGAGAUCGGAGCUGGGACAAGCGAGAUCCGGCGGAUGGUGAUCGGGAGGGCCUUCAACCGAGAACAUGGGCUCAGAUGAGAGCGCGCAAUCAGUAUGUGGAAGCAAACGAAGGCUUUCUCUCAGAGGCACCCUUGCAAUAUCUAGGCAACAGCAUUGCAGAGCUGAGCGUGGUGCUCGCGCCGAACUUUGUCGCUCUGAGGAAGCAGCAUCCAUUAGGUCUAGAACUGGCAGCCGCCUGGGACAGCCCCUUGGCGAGGUCCGUACGAUUGAUCGAGUCAGUUUGGCGGCAGCACUCAGCCUGCGUAAGAGGCGUUGCACGAGCGGGAAACACGAUGCCGUACUAUUUGGCGAAACGAACGAGGA